CCAUAUACGAUAGUAAACGAACGAAAUGGUCGAGUUGGAGGUUACGUAAACAACAGUAGUCCCAGACAAAACGGGUACACCUCAUCCAGAGCACCUUCUGCCUUAAGUAGAGGAAGCAGAUACGAUGACACAGGUUCCGAUAUCUAUGUUACCAGUGGUGCUUAUAAAGCUCCAUCGGAAAUCAGUCGGACAUCUAGAGCUAGAGCACCCAGCCACUACUCCUACAGGUCCGGAAUGGCUCCUUCCGUCGCUAGCAGAGCUAGCAGGAGUACUGCAAAGACGGGUAGAGGGUCAAGAAAAGCGGGAAUGACGAUAGAAACGAUGGCAGCCCCGAAUCCCUUUUGCCCCAACAUAAAAGGCAUGUGUUGCUUGAUGCUGUUGCUGAAUUUAGGCAUCAUCCUUGUAACUCUCGGAUUCGUAAUCGUCAUUCAAUUUUUCGAGCCACUUAUUGUUUGGAUUUUUGGAGUAAUCUUCCUGAUUUUCGGCUUCCUUACAUUGAUCGGCAGUUUAAUAUACUGUGUGGUCAUAUUCCGAGACGCCAAAUCUCCCAGCCAGGUGAACCCUGACGAAUUAUACUGGACCCACCACUGGUCAAAAACGAUCGGGGCUUCCCCGGAGAUCCACUACAAAGCUGAAGAAAAAUAUGGCGACGAUAGAUACAGUGACAGAUAUUCCGUUAGCAAAUUGUCCGGAAAAUAUUCUGAUAGAGAUAAAAAUGGCAGAUAUUGAUAUACGAACGACUUAAAUCUGAUUAAAAACAAAAUUUAAAUAGUUUCUCAUAAAGUAUAAUGUUAUAUACAUAUAAAAAUUCUUAUUAAUGUGACAUGUAAAAUGUAAAUUAAUAAAAAUUAUUAAUUAGUUAAUACAAUACAUGUUAACUUCUGUGUAAUAAUUGUAUAAAACACGAACAAUUUACUCCAGCUUACCAAUGUAAGUUUACAUUUUUAACAUAGCUUUAAUUUUAUACGUGUAAAGUUCUUCGUUAAAUUAAUAUAUUUUACGAUAUUUUUAUAUUAACACAAUGAACAUUUGUGAUUUUAUUAAUGUAGAUAACA